AAUCAAUCCAGACACAGAGUUCGCUUCAUAUAAUAUAUAUAUAGAUAACGAAUACAUGGAUUUAUAACUUCGGUCGAGCUGACGAUGCUAUAGUCGGCGUUGACCCCAUUCUUUUACGGUCGAUCCGUCGAAUUGUAAUAAACGUGGUGCUGGCGCGGUCGUCAUCAUAUCAUCGUCAGUUGUUCCACUAAUGGAAAGGAAAAAAAGGAGAGUCGUCCGUGAGUUAAAGAGACACGAAGACAGGUGCGCGUGAAAAAGUAAAAACGAAAGCAGUCAGCGCCGGGCACUUAACGCGCGUAAUCGCUUGUCGACGCUCUCUCGCGAUAAACAAGCGCGAACGCGCGUUCAUACUUUUUUUUCUCCUUAUCAAAAAAUUGUGUUGGACGAGUUUUUUCGCAUUUGCUGCUCUGGAACUUCGAGUUACUGAGCAAAGUGUUGUUGAGAAAAGAAAAACAGAUACUAAGGAUGGACGAGAAAAUUAUCGAAUUACGUGAGACUUUCUUCAAAAAAUUGGAGGAUUCACCUAAUACAUAUUUCCAUCCAGCAGACAUAAACAGAAUAAACUCUGGAAAUGAUUGGCUUAGACGGUUUUUGGAGCAUACAGAAUCUAAUCUUCAAGAUGCCCUUAAAAUGUUAUGGGAAACUUGUAAAUGGAGAAGAGACUUUGGUACUAAUGAUAUUAAUGAAAAUUUAGUCAAAAGAGAAUAUUUAGAGGAUGGAGUUUGUUUUGCGUACGGCCAUGAUAAAGAUGGAAAAAAGUUAUUUAUUAUCAAAUCAAAAUUACAUACAAAAGGUUCAAGAGAUUUUUCAGAAUUGCAAAGAUGUAUUGUAUACUGGUUUGAGAGGCUCGAAAGGGAAGGAAAUGGAAAUCAAAUAUCAUUAUUUUUUGACAUGAUCGAUUCAGGUCUUUCAAACCUAGAUAUGGAAUUAACAAAGUAUUUGAUAGGCUUGUUCAAAAAUUAUUACCCAAAUUUUCUGAACAACAUACUUAUACUUGAGAUGCCAUGGGUUUUAAAUGCUGCCUUCAAUAUGAUCAAGUCAUGGUUGCCAGCAAAAGCAUUACCAAAAAUUAAAUUUCUCAAAAAAUCCACUCUGCAGGAGUUUGUUGAUCCUGAUGUAGGCUUAAAAUGCUGGGGAGGAAAUAGUGAUUACAUAUUUACAUUUGUUUCUGAAUCACAGACUGGAAAACUAAUUAAUGGAGAAUUAGAUAAUAAAAAAGUACAUUUUGCUGGAAAUUCACCAAUAACUGAACAAGCUAGUUCUGGCUUUAGUGACCAAGAAUCAACGUUGAUUGUGGAACCCGAAAUUUUAAAUUUCAGUAUUUCUGGAAAUGAAAUUGUUGGAACUGUGAUGUUGAAAAAUAUAAUGUCAGAUCAAAAUUUAACUUACAAGAUAAAAACAACAUCGCCAGAAAAAUUUAAAGUUCGCCCCAAUACUGGAAUUAUACAAGCAUCGCAAAAGAUUUCAAUAACAAUCACAUUACAGGGAGGUUAUACUUUGCUAAGUCUUUUACCACAUGAUAGAUUUCUUAUUAUGUGUCUUCCAAUAAAUGAAACAAUGGCACCUCAAGAAUUAACAGAAUUUUGGAAGCUUAAUAUUGGAUCUGCAAAACAACAUAGAUUGAUGUGUCGUGUUAUAAAUGAAAAUGCUGAUAAUUUAAAAUCUAGUAUAGCCUAUUCAAAUAGUUCUUCUGGAAAUCACUCAAUGAGCUCAUUAUUUUCAAAGAUUUCCCGUAUCGAAGAAACGAGUAUAAAUCUUCAAAAAGAGAUUUCUUUGAUAAAGCAUUUGCUGUUACUCUCUGCAAUAUUAAUAGUUGUUCUUUUAUUAUGGAUUAUUUAUAUAUCAAAUAAGAACUUUCAAAAUACUGUUGUAAAAGAAAGUUGUACAAUUGUAGAGUCAAUCAUGCCAAAACAUGACGAAGUCUAGUCUCACAAAGUAACUUUAAGCAUUUCUGUAGCAAUUGCAAUUAUUUAAAAUUGAUAAGAAAUGGAGGGCAUAUAGUCUUAAUUAAGGUUUAAUUAUUUAGAGUGUUGGGUUUUACUAUUGAAUAAUAAAUUAAAAUCUAUUUUUGGGUACUUUAUACGAUCAUGAAACGAUUAUGUCAAAUUGAAAAACAGACGGUAAUUCACGUCCUAUUUAAAUUUAUUAAAUGUAUUAUAAUUAACGGAAUAAUCUUAUUUUUGUUUUUUUUUUUUUUUUGAAAAUUCUAUUAUUUAAUUUUCAAGAAAAUUUAUAUUGAGCUUCAAAUAAAAUUUUUCUUAUUAUAAGAUACCUGUAAAAGUUGAAAAAUAUUUCUGGUAUCAUUUUUGUACUGUUAUACAAUGCGUGUUUGCAAGAUGUUUAUAAUGGAUGUGUGAAUUCUUUAUAUUAAGAAGAGAAAAAUAUGUGAUGCAAGAUUGAAUAUAGUAGAAGUAUUUUUAUAACUCUUGUUUGAAUUGCAUUUUUGCAACCAAAUCUAUCAAUCUACUGAUUUCUGGUAAAGCAAUUGUUUAUAUUUAAUUACAUUCCAUUCAUGUGAAAAACUGAUUUCUAUUAUAAAUAAGAAUGCACAGCUUCUAGAUUAAUACGAUUAUAAUAGGAAUCAAUGGUACAAAACAUCAAAAUUAGGAAUGUUUUUGAGUAACCAAUUUUGUAGUUUGUUGGUGCAUUUGUUAUGUAUUCUAUGGACUAAAAAUAUAGAUAACUGCUUCAAAUUUAUAAAGUUUCUACGUCAAUUUGUAAUAAAAAGAAUAUUUACAAUCG